UUAACCUUUAUUAUAAAAUAUACGUGCAAAUUUAUUUCCUCCAAAAACAUGAAAAACAGUUUAUAAUUAGUUCACGUGACUCAUCAAUUUAUAUACUAUCGAACGAAUGUUCGAAAAUGUGAUGCUAAUUGAACUUUUAACAACUUUUGUUUUUCUCUUCAUUCGUCUUUUUUUCUAUAAAAAAAAAUCAGUGCUUAACGAAAUAAAUACAAACGAACAUAGAAACAAUUAAAUUUUGAAGUGUCAGUGACAAUUUUUAUUAACCAACAAAAUUAAAAAUAUGGAUUUAAAAAUUUAUUAUUAAAAAAAAAAAUAAUUUACGUAAUCAAGGAUUGGAUAUUAAUAAUUAUCAGACCCUUUUUCAGAGGGAGUUUAUUGUUUAAAUCAAGAAUGUCUGCAACAUUAGCAACUGAUGAUCGUAUGGUAAAAGCAGUUAAAAAAAUAGUUCCAAAUUUAACAUCACCAAAGCAUAAGGGUCAAGAUGGAAGAAUUGGAAUUGUUGGUGGUUCAAUUGAAUAUACAGGUGCGCCUUAUUAUGCAGGAAUGAGUGCACUUCGUCUUGGCGCUGAUUUAGUUCAUAUAUUUUGUACAAAAGAAGCGAGUACACCAAUAAAAUGUUUAAGUCCCGAUUUAAUUGUUCAUCCAAUAUUGGAUCAUCAAACUCCAAUUAAGGCAAUAAAACCAUGGUUGGAUAGAUUACAUGUUAUUAUUAUUGGUUGUGGUCUUGGUAGAGAUGAGAAAAAUAUGAAAACAGUUGUUGAACUCAUUGGUGUUUGUCGUCAUCUUAAAAAACCAUUGGUCAUUGAUGCUGAUGGAUUAUAUAUUAUUGGUAUGAAACCAGAUCUUUUAAAGGAUUAUCCAGGUGUUAUUCUUACGCCAAAUGCAAUGGAAUUUAGUCGUUUGUUUAAGAAUUUUUUGGAUAGAUCAAUUCAACCGGCAACAAUACCAAAAGCUGCUGAUGUAAAAUUUUUGGCUGAUUCUAUUGGAAAAAAUGUUGUGAUUCUUCAUAAGGGCGCUAAGGAUAUAAUUGCCGAUGGACAUAAGGCAACUGAAACUGUUACAUCAGCUUUAGGUGGAUCUGGAAGACGAUGUGGUGGUCAGGGUGAUAUAUUGGCUGGAAUUUUAUCUGUUUUUUGGUGGUGGGCACUUAGUGCUGGACACAGUGAUUGUGCACUUUCAUCACAAAUCACUGCUUGCUAUGGUGCAUCACGAAUGACAAGGGAAUGUAAUUCAGCAACUUUUAAAAUUAAACAAAGAUCAAUGUUAGCGUCGGAUAUGAUUGAACAAAUUGAACCUGUUUUUGCAAAAAUUUUUGAAAACAACCUUCCAAAGAUUAUUACACCUAGAACAACGUCUUAUUCUCGAAGAACACGAACUAGAAGUAGUGAUGUUUAAAGAAAUUUUCCAUUGCAAAAAAUUUUUUAACGAAAAUUUAAAAAAAAAAAAUAAAGUAAAUAUAUUUUUAUAAAAAUACAUUUAAAAGAAAUGUAAAUUUUUAAUUCAAAUAAUUAGAUAUUUUCAAAUAUCGGGAAAAUAAAAAAACAGUUUUUUUUUUUUAUGUAAAAACGGUAAAUAUUUUACUUAUGUUUCUUACGUCAGUCGCAUAAUAUUUUUUUUUUUUUAAUUAAAAUUCUUAAGCUAAACUAGUGUACAUCGUAAGUGGAAGAAAAUUUGUAUGUUAUAUUUUUAUUUUAUUAAAUUCAUAAAUUUUUCACGUUGAUUAAAAAUCCAUUAUCUAAAUUCUUAAAGGUAAAUAAAUACAAGUGUCAGUAAAA